UUUUAUCGGAAGAUCUGUCAGCCCUGAGAUGGACACCAAUCCAUCCAUUCGCACUGCUGUUUUCGGCAGGUAUAAGUGCUUUAAAUGAAUGUAUGUAACAAGUGGUUGUGGCGCAAUGAUCCAUUACUGUAAACAUGGUGGUCAGCUCGUCUUCCACGGCUGUGUCGGAUAGGGUUGGACCGGGCUAUCUUUUGCGGCACGGCCAGGCUCGUAAAACGUGUAUAUUUCCUAGAUAAACGCUAAUAUCGAAAGAAGUAGCUUUCCAAAUGAUAUCUGCAAUGUCCAUUUGAAUUUGAGAUGAUGUCUUCGGCAAUUAUAAGUUGCAAAAUCACAUCGGGAUUGUUUCAACCCGAGUGUUACAAUCUAGGUGGCACAACUAGAGUAUUAAUGGAAAAAAGGACCAAGACAAUUUUCUCGGAUGCUUUUUUGUUACUGUUAUAACCUAGGUUCCGACUAUUACUCGUAUUCCGUUUUCAUAGAUACAAAAAGUGUCCUGAACCACGACUCAGAUUGCGUGCAUCGCGGAAGAUCAAAUGUAUUUUCCCUCAAUCACCAAUCGACUCCUAUCGCCCCAGUUCAAGUAUAUCUGCGAUACACUUGAGAAAUUACUAUGUUAUAUGACGUCAGUACAGCACAACCACUCUUUUGUGUGCUUGAUGGGAACGGGUGCUUGUGGUGUUAUAUAUGCCAUACCUCAAUUUUGUUUUCUCAACGUCUUCUUUGCCACAAUUGGUACACCGUGACCCCCAAAGAUGCAAGUGCCAAAAGACUAGUUAUAGUGCCGAUCAAAAGCUCUUGAAGAUCAGAUUGCAACGGCCGUGUU